AUGGAUGGAGAAAACCUCACAGUUAUGCCAGACUUCAUCCUCUUGGGCUUCACUAACUUCCCAGAACUGGAAAGUACCAUGUUCACAGUCUUCUUAAUCCUAUAUAUUUUAACAGUAAUGGGGAACUUGGCAAUGAUUCUAUUAAUCAACAUUGACUCUCAGCUUCACACACCCAUGUAUUUCUUUCUGAGCCACUUGUCUUUUAUGGAUUUUUGCCUUUCCUCAGAUGUCAUUCCGAAAGCACUGGAGAUUUUCCUGUUCAGAAGAAAUGACAUUUCUUUCAUGGGCUGCUUUGUCCAAAUGUAUUUUUUUCUUGCCCUGAUUGCCUGUGAGUGCUUUCUCUUGGGGAUAAUGGCUUAUGAUCGAUACAUGGCUCUUUGUAAACCAUUGCUUUACACAGUUAUUAUGUCCAAAGCACGUUGUUACAGGAUGACAGCUUCGAUAUAUGCUGUAGGCUUCCUCAUCUCUCUGAUAAAUACUAUGUUGGCCGGGAGAUUGUCUUUUUGCCAGGUCAGAGGCAUCAAUCACUUCUUCUGUGAGCUGCCCUCACUUCUUCAACUCUCCUGUUCCAACACCCACACAAAUGAACUCCUACAGUUUACUAGCACUGCACUUAAUGUUGUGGGCUCUGUCCUGAUGAUACUGGUUUCUUACACGUAUAUCCUCUACACUAUCAUGUGGAUUCCCUCUGCUGAGGGAAGGCUUAAAGCUUUCUCUACCUGCGCUUCCCACCUGGCUGCUGUCAUGCUGUUCUAUGGGCCUGGAUUGUUCUCCUAUUUCCAGCCUCAAACCACAUAUUCACAGGAUAGGGCAAAAGUGAUUUCCAUCUUCUAUACUCUCCUGACACCCACUCUGAACCCCCUGAUCUACAGCCUGAGGAACAAAGAGGUGAAGGGUGCCCUGAGAAGACUACUGGCUUGA